GGGUGGGUGGUUCGGUCCGACCAAGGAAUCAUGCGAUCACGCCCGUCAUGGUUCUUCCCGACCCAACGACAUGCUCUCUCGAGUUCGGUGUGUCAGAGAUAGAUCGGCCUUUUGCUCACUUCGGUACCUCCUCCUCGACCAUCCAUGUCGAUCUCUAACCACCGCGUCCAAUCCGCAGUUGCGGAGGAGUGACGACAUCUUCCGUUGGAACUCGGCCAUCACCAGUUCCUUCAACGACGGCAAGGUGGAGAGCGCAUGGCAGUUCUUCGAGCAAAUGCCGCGCAGGAACCUGAUCACCUGGAACUGCAUGCUCACCGGCCUCGUCAAGAAUCGCAGGAUCGCCGACGCGCAGCGGGUGUUCGACUCGAUGCCCAGAAAGAACGUUGUUUCCUGGACCGUGCUGCUGACCGGGUAUGCUAAGUGCGGGCUGAUAGACGAGGCGCGAGAACUGUUCGACAGAAUUCCCGAUAGGAACGUGAUCUGCUGGAAUUCGAUGGUGUCAGGGUACAUCAACAAUGGUAAGAUUGGGAAGGCGCGAGAGGUGUUUGAUGAUAUGCCGGUGAGGAACAACGUCUCGUGGUCGAUCAUGAUUACUGGCUACCUGAAGAACAGACUCAUUAACGAGGCACGGGUUUUGUUCGAUCAGGCUGCGGGUCAUUCGACUUCCACUUGCAACGCUCUGUUAUCUGGGUAUGUUGACCUAGGUCGUCUCAAGGAUGCAGAGGAUUUGUUUGGUCAGAUGACCCAAAGGGAUGUGGUCUCUUGGAACACAAUGAUUACUUGUUAUUCACGAGCUGGGAAGAUGGAGCUUGCUCAGCACCUGUUCGAUGAGACGCCUGAAAAGGACAUUGUGUCAUGGACAGCACUUAUGCAUGGUUAUUUGCGGAACAGAAAUAUUGAAGCUGCACAGAGAAUAUUUAAUGAGAUGCCUGAUCAUGAUGUCAUGACAUGGAACACGAUGAUGGGAGGAUUCGUCCAGAAUGGCAUGCUGGAGGAUGCUCUGAGAUUGUUUGCUGACAUGCCUAAUAGAGACGUAGUGUCCUGGAAUACUAUCUUGCAGGGUUACAUUCAACAGGAUGAUAUGGCUGGUGCAAAAUGCUGGUUUGAUAAAAUGCCACAAAGAAGUGAGACUUCAUGGAACACAUUGAUUUCUGGAUACAGAAGUGACGAGGCAUUGGUUUUGUUCUGUAAUAUGAUCAGAGAGGGAUUUAAGCCGGACCAAGGCACAUUCAGUGUGGUAAUUUCAGUGUGUGCUUCUCUUGUUGCUCUUGGCUGGGGGAGAAUGGUCCACCUGUGUGUGAUUCGAGUUGGCUAUCAGCAUGAUGCAUUGGUCAUGAGUUCAUUAAUCUCAUUGUACUCUAGGUGUGGGUUGAUCAGUGAAUCAGCUCUAAUAUUUGAGUGCAUUAUAAAGCGGGAUACUAUCACAUGGAAUGCCAUGAUUGCAACAUAUGCUUACCAUGGGUUCGCAAUGGAAGCUUUCAAGCUUUUCGAUGAAAUGAUUCGAAAUGGGUUUAAUCCAGAUCAUGCAACAUUCUUGAGCCUCUUGCUCGCAUGUUCUCAUAAAGGUUUGGUUAACGAAGGGUGUCAAUAUUUUGAUUCUAUGCAAAAGGAUUGGAAUUUUAUUCCCAAACCCGAACAUUAUUCAUGCAUGGUUGACCUCCUUGGAAGAUCUGGCCUUGUUACUCAAGCUCAUGAAUUUACCAAAAAAAUACCAGUACAGCUUCAAACAACUGCUUGGGAAACUUUAUUAAGUUCAUGUAGAUAUUAUGGGAACUUGGAGCUGGGAGAAGUAGCUGCAAAAAAGGUUUUGGAUGCUCGACCUCCUGAUGGAGGAAUGCAUGCUCUUAUAUCAAAUAUGUAUGCUGCAAAAGGAAUGUGGAAGAGUGCCGAAAGUGUUAGAAUGUUGAUGAAAGACCGAGGUCUAAAGAAACAGACUGGGUGCAGUUGGAUUGAGGUGAAGGGGAAAAUGUGCUCCUUCGUAUCUAAUGAUAAAUCAGAUCCUUCCAUUGAGAAGAUAUGCCAAGAACUAGACAAUCUUACAUUCAUAAUGGAGGGUGCCAGCUGAUUAAUCAUCGAUAAAGAUGCCUCUCCUUUGUUAGUUUAUUACGAAAAUUUCUGCUACAAAAUGUGCUCCAAGAUAUCAAAGAGGAAAUGUUGAAGCAGUUUAUCUCAGAAAGGCAAGAACACAGAACAGGAAAAGAGAGCCUGUAAGACUACCUCAUCUUUAAGGCCUGUAACUGAGGGUUAGCAGCGAAAAGAAAGGUUGCAUACCAAGGAUCGGCUGCAACUGAAGGUGUCCUGUACCAGAUGUCUUGUCUGUACAAGAGCUUGAUGAGAGCAGAUAUGACCUCUUUUUUACAUGUUUACAUACUGAUAUUGGAUGGUGACAGCUAUUGUUGUUGUAUCAACAGUGGAUCAGCAAGAUGAUGUGCCAUUUCUUCUUUAUGCCUGAAAUCUUUUUUACAAAGAUAGAAGACUACAUUGGAGGGAAGCUUUGAUAAGAUGGUAUUGGCUUGUGCAGAGGAAAAGGCUCUGAAAAGGUCAUUCAUUUUGCAGAAAUAUGGUCAAAAUCAGAUCACAGCAUUUUGUAAUAGCUUCAGCAAAAUAAAAAAGCUUAUUGAUCUUGUUACCGUUCAUAUUUAGGCGAAGAAUAAAGGAAUGCUAAUGAGGCA